UCCUCCCGCUCCUCCUCCUCUUCCUAGGCUCCACCGCGCCGCUGCCGGCCCGCUGCGCGCUCAGCUCUUCCAGCUCCACCGACCUCAGCAGCCAUGGCCGACAUCAAGACCGGCAUCUUCGCCAAGAACGUGCAGAAGCGGCUCAACCGCGCGCAGGAAAAGGUUCUCCAGAAGCUGGGGAAAGCCGAUGAAACAAAAGAUGAACAGUUUGAAGAAUAUGUCCAGAACUUCAAACGGCAAGAGGCAGAGGGUACCAGACUUCAGCGAGAACUCCGAGGAUAUUUAGCAGCAAUCAAAGGCAUGCAGGAAGCCUCGAUGAAGCUCACUGAGUCACUUCAUGAAGUCUACGAGCCAGACUGGUAUGGGCGGGAAGAUGUGAAGAUGGUUGGUGAGAAAUGUGACGUGCUGUGGGAAGAUUUCCAUCAAAAACUAGUGGAUGGGUCCUUGCUGACACUGGACACCUACCUGGGCCAAUUUCCUGACAUAAAGAAUCGCAUCGCUAAGCGCAGCAGGAAGCUCGUGGAUUAUGACAGUGCUCGCCAUCAUUUGGAGGCUCUGCAGAGUUCCAAAAGGAAGGAUGAGAGCCGGAUUUCUAAGGCAGAAGAGGAGUUUCAGAAAGCUCAGAAAGUGUUUGAAGAGUUCAAUGUUGACUUACAAGAAGAAUUACCAUCGUUAUGGUCAAGACGAGUUGGCUUUUAUGUCAAUACUUUCAAAAAUGUCUCCAGCCUUGAGGCCAAGUUUCACAAGGAAAUUGCAGUGCUUUGCCACAAGCUCUAUGAAGUGAUGACGAAACUUGGUGAUCAGCAUGCUGACAAGGCCUUCAGCAUUCAAGGAGCUCCCAGUGAUUCGGGUCCUCUUCGCAUUGCAAAGACACCAUCACCCCCAGAGGAGCCUUCGCCCCUGCCCAGCCCAACAGCCAGUCCCAACCAUACACUAGCACCUGCAUCUCCUGCCCCUGUGCGACCCAGGUCACCUUCACAGACAAGGAAAGGGCCUCCUGUACCACCUCUGCCUAAAGUCACUCCAACAAAAGAACUGAAGCAGGAGAAUAUCAUCAAUUUCUUUGAGGACAACUUUGUUCCAGAAAUCAAUGUGACGACCCCUUCUCAGAAUGAAGUCCUGGAGGUGAAGAAGGAGGAGACUUUGCUGGAUCUGGACUUUGACCCUUUCAAGCCUGAUGUGGCUCCUGCAGGUUCUGCUACAGCAACCCACUCACCCAUGUCUCAGACAUUGCCCUGGGACUUAUGGACGACAAGUACUGAUUUGGUACAACCGACUGACUCUUCAAAAAGUCUUUCUAUGUGUAACCUCAUCAUAGAGGAAACUCCUGGCAGUGGGUUGGAUGAAGAACUUGAAAGAUCUGAAACUAUAGGUGCAUUUGCUUGGGGCCCUCAUGCUAGGACAGAGAGUGUCAGCCAGGAGAUGACCCCAAGUGGGUCUCGGGAAGACAUUGAAUGUCUCGAUGAAGCAGAGCAAGACAUGAGUUUAUCUACUGGAAUGCUUUCUUCUGCUGACCUUUCUGAUGUAGCUGAACAGGGUGAGGAUGCCCUGGGGCCAGCCCCUCCAGCUAGAAAUGAGCAGCUGUUCUCAGAGCCUGUGCCUGUGGCUGGAGUUGCUAUUCCUGCAUACAUGGAGAUGGACCAGCCAUAUGCAGUACUUGACUCAGAGAAGCCAGCCAUGGGAAAAGUUGACCUGCUCAAAAAAGGUCAUGAAGAGGCUAAAGGAGCAAAUGGAGAAACAAAACAGAAACAGAAGGUAGAAGAUCCUAUGUGGCAAUGUGUGGACACCAAUCAAAAGGCUUCUGGAGGUUCAUUUAAUGGUUUCACCCAGGCCCAGGAAACUUCAUUAUUCACCAUGCAGGCAGAUCAGAAUAUGGUAGGUGGCUUGGCUGAAGCUGAACAGCCUCUAUCCAUGGAGCCCCAAGCUGAUGAGCCUCCUGCCACGGCUGCUGUACCUGCUUCAGGGCUAGACCUUGGACUGGAGAUGGAGGAGCCAAAGGAAGACGUAGUGAUCCCUCCUGGAACGGAUGCUGACGAGACUGUGGGAACUACAGUGCCAGCUGAUGGGGUCCCAGUGGAAGAAGCAGGGGCAGAGAAGGCAGCCCUCCCUGCUGCAGAAGGAGAAAGCAUGGAGGGAGCCAAAAUCAAUGCUGAAAGCCCUGAGGUUGCAAGCAGUGAAAGCCCUCCACCAGCAGAGACUGAAGUGGCUGCCACUCAGGAGAAGGCUAUCCCUUCUGUUGUCAUCGAGCCAGCCUCCAACCAUGAAGGGGAAGGAGAACACCAUGAAACCACUGUGGGUCCCGAAACCAGAGAGGCCGCUGAUGAUGUGGUUCCCAGAGGCCAGGCUGCUGAGAUGCCAGAACUGGCCACAGAGGCCACGUCUCUGGGUUCCCAGGCAGCUACACCUGCAGCAGCAGGUGCUGUGGAUUCCUCCUCGCCUGCAGAGGAUGCUGCUCAGGAAGUGCCUCCUGGCUUUCUCUACAAGGUGGAAACCCUGCAUGAUUUUGAGGCAGCGAAUUCUGAUGAACUUAACCUGCAAAGGGGUGAUGUGGUGCUCGUGGUUCCCUCAGACUCAGAAGCUGACCAGGAUGCAGGCUGGUUGGUGGGGGUGAAGGAGUCAGACUGGCUUCAGUACAGAGACCUGGCCACUUACAAAGGCCUAUUUCCAGAGAACUUCACCCGGCGUCUGGAAUAGGGCUACAGAUGUUGCAAAAGAGUCCCAUGAUUGGGUUUUUAAACCUUCAUGAAAUGUGGAGGAGUUCACUCUUGCUACUACCCUCAUAAUGACUGACAGACUGGUGCCAGAUGAGGCUUGGGAAGACAUAUCAAUAGAGCAUGUAUGCAAAAACUGUAAGAAGAGGGAGAAUAGCAAAUUAAGGAACAAGUCCUUACUUAGUUCCCUAUGUUCAAUAGAGGUCUGUGUGUGGUUUGUCUAACUGUGGACACUGGUACUUGAUUCCCCUCCCCCAAGUCUAAAGUAGCUUUCUCCAGACCAGACCUGACUUCUUUGCAUCAAAUGUGUGAUGUCGAGUGACUGCCCUGCAGAUAGUGAGUUAUCCUGUAGUGAGACACCAUCUUACUCCCUUGCCCAAUGUGAGCACAUGCUCUCUUUCCCUUUCAAGUUUACUGUGUAUAAAACUAAACAGCUGCAAAUGUUCUUAACAGUCUUUUCCCAUCACCUCUAUAUACUUAUGUAUGGGCAUACAAUCCCACAAGCUAAUUCCCAUGCCUGCUGGACCUAUGUGUAUGCAGAUGGCUACAUAUGCAUAGUGGAUUCCUUCCCUUUCCACUGUAGUUCUUUGCCUCUAAGUGUCAUUGAUACAUGCAUUGCUCUUAUUCCGUCUGGCAUUACAGCUGUAGUUUUGCCUCAGGGCAAAACCUCUCAUCCCAUUGCCAAAACAGUUGACAGUGUCUGUGUGUGUUGUGUGCCGUUUUCAGGAUGAUGUAACAGAUAGCACGUCCAUGCUGCUGCCCCUUUGGAGAGAGCUGGGCCUGGUUGUGUAGCUGCUCAGCUGCUGGGGCCAGAUAAAAAUUAGAUCUGGAUUAGCAACUAUGCAGUCUUCACUUCUGCCUUUAGGCAAUUGACUGAAUGAGGGGGCAAAAGAACCUAUUUACAAAAGCUCCUAUAUACUUCCACAAUAUAUUUAUGCAACUCAUCUUCAUAGAUCAUUCUAAAGUGAAAGAGGUGAUGUAUGCUGUAUCACAAACCAUCUGUAACAGUUAUGUUCUCAGUGCUGUGUCAUUCCAAAUAAACCUUCGGUAAUCUCCAAGUUA